AUGAAGUUGCCAGUGUUGCAGCAGAGUCGCCGGAGCAACAGCUUCAGAGGUUCGUCGCCCUUAGAUCCCUCCGACGGAGCCAUAAAAUCUCCGGCGGCGAUCUUCUGGCUAGUUCUCCACGGCCUCUGUUGCCUAAUCAGCCUCGUCCUGGGCUUCCGGUUCUCUCGCCUUGUCUUCUUCCUCCUCUUCUCCACCUCCACCACCACUACAAAUCUUUAUACUACGCCGCCGUUUAAUCUUGCCGAAACCCUAGCUUUUCAGUCAACACGUUCACUAUCAAAUCUCGAGUCAACGGUGAAUAGGACUACCGUUUCAAGCAGUGGGGUGGUGGUUGGGAGGCACGGAAUUUUAAUCCGGCCAUGGCCGCAUCCAAAUCCAGAGGAGGUCAUGAAGGCUCACCGGAUAAUUGAGAGAGUUCAGAGAGAGCAAAGACUACAGUUCGGCGUGAAGAACCCUAGGACCGUGAUUGCCAUCACUCCGACCUAUGUGCGGACCUUCCAGACUCUGCAUCUGACUGGAGUAAUGCAUUCGCUGAUGAAUGUGCCGUACGAUCUCAUCUGGAUCGUCGUUGAGGCCGGAGGAAAAACCAACGAGACCGCUUCGCUGCUCGCCAAGUCAGGUCUUCGGACUAUCCAUAUCGGAUUCAACCAGAAAAUGCCAGUUUUUUGGGAGGAUCGUCACAAAAUGGAGUCUAAAAUGCGACUCAGCGCCUUAAGAGUUGUGAGAGAACAGGAGCUAGAUGGGGUUUUGGUGUUUGCUGAUGAUAGUAAUAUGCAUACUUUGGAGCUUUUUGAUGAGAUCUUGAAGGUGAAAUGGAUUGGUGCUCUUUCAGUUGGGAUUCUUGCUCAUUCCGGUAGUUCUGUUGAGGAAUUAUCGGUGGUUGAGAAGAAUGAGAUUGAGAAGAACUCGCCUGUGCCCAUUCAAGGUCCCGCUUGUAAUUCUUCAGACCAAUUGGUGGGUUGGCACACCUUUAAUUCUCUACCUUAUGAAGGAAAGAGCGCGAAUUAUAUUGGUGACAGGGCAAUUGUGCUGCCGAGGAAGCUUGAGUGGGCUGGGUUUGUAUUGAAUUCAAGGUUGGUCUGGAAGGAAGCUGAAGAUAAGCCUGAGUGGGUGAAGGAUUUGGAUAUGUUGGCGGGAGAUGGAGAGGACAUCGAGAGUCCUUUAUCUUUGCUGAAGGACCCUUCUGUGGUGGAGCCUCUAGGGAGUUGUGGGCGCAAAGUUUUGCUGUGGUGGCUUCGAGUUGAAGCUCGGGCAGAUAGCAAAUUCCCUACUGGAUGGGUAAUUGACCCUCCAUUGGAGGUAACUGUCCCAGCAAAACACACACCGUGGCCGGAUGCUCCUCCUGAGCUCCCAUCUAAUGAAAAACCGACGAUUAUCCCAGUGAACACUGAGAAGCAUACAAUGAAAACUCGGUCGCCGAGAUCAAAACGCAGAAGCAAGAGAAAGCACGAGGCAAGGAAUGCAGACGCCCGCGUUUCUGCUAGGCGUUCUGGAGAGAAGUAA